CCCUCGGCGGGGUUAACAGAGCCCGCCCCCUCUCCUCUCUCCCCGGCAGCCUCCGCCUCUCUUCCCUGGUCUGUCAUCCACACCGCUGUUGUUGCAGCCAUUUUACCGUGGAGCGUCGGCACAGCAGCGACCGGAGGAUGCCGAAACAGCAGCGUUGAAAGCAGGACUAGAAACAUGGCUGAAGCGGCGCGAGGUCCCAUGGUUGGCCGGCCAUUGGCAUUCGCCAAUGAAGAGCGGAGGGCAGUUCACUCCUGGUCCCGGGUCUCGUCAGCGGGGCACAACGUCCUCAUGGAUGCACUGAAGAUACUCAGCCCGAUGUCCUGUGACCUCUCGAGCAGCGAGGAGCUGGUUACCUUUCUGCAGGAGCUGAGUGAGGAGGGCCACAAGCCCACUGUGCUGCGCAGCAAGGACGUGUACGGCUACCGCUCCUGCACAAACCAACCCCUGACUGAAGACAUGCUGAAGCCACCUAACAGAAACGUCAGACCCACCACCAAGAGGAGGGGAAGGAGGCCCCCGGCCAAGAAGAGAGAGGUGCACCCGUCCUGGAACACCACUGAGAGCAGCAACCCCAGGAUUCAAGGGGUCCGUCCUCCAGAGCUGCUGGUGGACCAUCGUGCCAUCAUCUGCAGCAGAACACCCGGUCGGACUGUAGAGAUGAUGCAAGCGGCUCAGGUGCGGCCUUGCCUCAGACUGACCAACAUAGAAGGCCUGUCUGGCUUCCACACGGCCAGACUCCAGAUCCACACUUCCUGGGAAUCGUCCUCUGAGGUACCCUCUGUUGCCUUUUCACAGCAACAGCACCCUCCAACGCUUUCAGGAAUACCUUUGCAGCCUUCUCAGAACGGUGGUGGGGCGCCCACCAAAGCUGUGGCCUUGUUCAGCCAGAAGAGCCUGUCCUGUCCCAUCCGAUUGGACGGCGCCCUCAUUGGUGAUUCUGCGCCAGUCUUUUACGCUAAUGGCCGGGGAUUCCCAGAGACUCACACAGAGCUGACCAGCAAUGGCUGGAGGAGCAACGGCCUCCACCGUGAUGGUCGGGGCCCAAAGGAACUGAACAACCCGACCCGGCAGAGAAAUGGCUGGAAAGACAAGAACAGUUUUAGAUGGAAAGUAGUAAAGGUAGAUGACUCUCGCUCGGUGGCUGAGGCACGGAGAAAAGCGCAGAAGAUCUUACAGGUCAACCUGUCUCCAGUGAUUCAGAUCCAACCUCUCAACCGUGUGCUGAGAGACUUCAGAUACCAGAAUAAGUGACAAUUCCCCCCAAACCCACACACAUUGUUUCCUUUAGCAGAUGUUAGUGUUUUACAUCCAUAGGCCUCUACCUGGCUGAGCCCCAGUGUUCAUAGCAGACGUUUUACUUUUUGUGAUCUCUGCUGAGUGUUGAAGGUAGAGAAGUUAGUCUGUCUGUGGAAGUUCUGGUUCCUGACAGGGGCACUCGGGAUUGAAAGGCAUUUGAAGUUAAGUUCCCAGCAGGCUGGGAAAUGACUAUCGGCCAAAUCCAUUACAUUUUCACAGUUAACGUUAUUUUACGCUACACAAUAUUUCAACCAACCAUCAUUCUGCUUUGAGUUGACUGGCCGCUAGCCAAAAUUGAUGAAUUUUGGGAAGCAGCAUCCACUGUGACUGUUAGGUCAAAGGUGAAUUUUCUGCCCUUCAACAAGGCACUAGGUGUGGCUCACAGUUCGAAGAGUAUUUCUAACUCAUUUGAAGUAUAGCGCCGUUUUGUUAAAGUAUUUUUUACUUCUAGCGCUUUAAAACAAACAAUGCUGUUACUCUGCAGCGCCCUAUUUUUCACUGGAAAGAAGGAGAAAAUAUGGCUAGUGGUGGGACAGGACGAUCCCAUUGGACACCCAGAUGAACUGGUGGAUGAGCAGGGCGGAUUUCCAAAGUCUUCAGAUGAGCAGAUGUGGUGGUUGGUUGGUCCCAGCAAAACAAAUGAACUAAAUAAAAGGAGGGGGAAAAGUGAAAAGUGUUUAGUUUGUCUUCCUUUUUUGUAUUUUUGUUGUUUCCACUGGAAAUCAGGAAGGCUCUGGGAGCGAGUACAACAGGGAAUCAAACCCGCGACCCAUACAGAGAGAGAUAGAUAUAUACCUGGAUGAUUUGUUUGAACAACAGUCCUUCACAAAGUGUUCCUUUGGUUUAGUUUAUCCGCACAUGGAGACAAAAGACUUUUUGACUGUUGGGAAGAUGUCUUGCAGUGACAAAACAUGAAACAAGAGUAUGGAAGAGGACUUGGGCCUUGUUAAAACAUUUUGACUUCUGAGAUUAAUUUUAAAUCUUAAUUGUGGGAAAACAUUGAGAAUCCUGAGAUAUAAGAAUUCAAUCUCGAAAGUUUUCUCACGUUUUCUCAUUAUUAAACUUGAUCUCCGAAGUUUAUUCUCAGAAUUGUGUGGGGUUUUUCUACUCCAUGUUGUGGCCCUGGUCCACCUCCAAAAGUUUCAUGAUGCUGCACACCAGAUACAAAAACACCAAGAUGUACACUCAGGCUGGGAAGUGACCAUCAGCUGCUGCUUUAAUGCUGCUCAAGAUUUACUUUAAUCCAGUAAAUUUCUGUACUACACAGGCAACCAACUGUUGUCACUUGGACUCCUGAUGCAAGACAUUUGUUUGGCUGAAACAUGUUUGUGGUGAAAUUUAACUUGAGCUGCAGUCCUGUUUUGUUUUCUGACCAGUUCAAUUUGAAGCAUCAGAAAGUUUUAUCUCCCAUCAGAACUCGUCUGUGCUCUGUUGAGUUGUUGAUGAGAAUUGCCCAACAAAAUCUACUUGAAUCAGCUGUGAUCAAGCUGUUGUGGCUCACCUUAAACAAGAAAAAAAGCACUUUGAGAGUGUGACAGUGCUUUAUUAACGCCUGCCCCUGAACAUGAAAGUCGUUAAUAUUCUUAUUUCCUGCCGCAUGUAGAAAAUAUUUGAAAUUAUCUCUAAAAUUUGGUUUGAUUUUCUUUGAACCCACACUGGAUUUUGCUACAGGUGCUAACUUUGCAACGUUGGUGCUGAAUUAAAUAACUGGCACAAGAAUGUCAUCAUGUUUCUCUUCUUCUAGUUCUGAUUGGCACAUUUGAGAGCAGUGACUUCCUGUGAGCUAUUUCCUGAGGGACUGAUAGCAGUGCUGCCCCCUGCAAGUUGGGAUGAGCAUGCCAAACCGCCUUGUGUGAUCUCCAAAGGGUUUCUACUGUGAGGAACCACCUAAAUCCAUUUUCAUGUUAUCAUCUGUGAGAAACUCCUGUGUAUUCCCCGAAAAAGUUUGUUUGAGAUGUUUGGGCAAAACCACAUUCCUCAAGACAAAUACAUUGUUAUUGAGUGCCAAGGUUUGUUUUUCACCUUGGAAACAGUACUUUAACGGAAAAUCUUAACUCAUAGUCCACUUUUUCUGGAGCUUUUAAGUGGACCUUGAUUUAAGAUUAUUCUUUUUCCUUUUGAACAAAAAGAAACUAAACUAAACCACCAUCAGGUCAGCAAACGAGGACUUUAAACAUCUGUUUCAUGUUUGAAUGCUGUGGAGCAUGUUACAGGCCACUUGGUAGGAAGAAGUUUUAAAGUGGACAUCUGUGCUUUCUGAUUUGAGGUCCAUGUACUAUGAAUUAGCAAUCUGUUGCCCUGUUUAAACUAGACCACAUCAGUGUUUGGUGGUUGGCUUUACAGAUUUCCACGUCUCUGUUCUGGUGAAUUUUACGUUCUGGAAGAGUCUCGGUUUCCUCGCGCCCCUCUCCGAUCUGUCUGUAUGCAGCCAUGUUCACCACCGACAAUUCCCUUUUUCUAGAUCUUUCUGUUCGUCUUGUUUGUGCAACACUUGUAUAAUAUUGUAUUUCCUACAUGAUCUUUGAAAACUUUUGUUCAAUAAAACUGAUCUAAAAAGAA